AAUGAUAUAUGUUUUCGAUAAAUCGAGUCAAUAUCAAUCUAUUCUUUGCUGAUGCUAUGCUAUAGUUAUCCAGAAUAAUCUACAUCGAUCGUGCAAAGGUCAAUAUUCAUUCUUCGUUCUCCGAUAUCUGAAUGUAACGAAGGGCCAAUACCCUAUCUUUUUGACUGUAUGUACCGACCAUCAAAGAUGAAUCACAUUCCACACACAAAUAAACAGCUUCCUCCAAUGGAGGAGUUGACAACUUAUUUAACUGUCGUCUUUGCAUAUAUCAUAUCAAAUCAAAAACCGAAACGUGGAUGCUGUUCCUAAACAGUAUUCACUAAUCCAUCGACACAUAAACAUAGAAUCCGAUCCCACAACUUGAACCUCCAUUUUUUUUCUUUUUCGCAAGAAUGUCAAUGCAAUUCCAGCUUUCGCAAUGCAAACAAAUCCUAUAAAUAGAUGCAUACGCAUGCUUCGUUAUUUGCAACGAGAAGUUAAACGACUUGAGUUUUGACUUUCGAGAAGAAGAGAUGUAUAGCAUGAAAAUAAAGGAGUCUUUGAUUUGUUAGCCAAGGAUGACUUGCCUAUAUGGCCUUGCUUUAAAGAGCCUGGAUGGUUUUUAUGGGCAGGUCACUUGGUUAGCUGAUGGCUCCUUAUUCCUCAUGCUCCAUCUUCUUCUAUUGUUUCACAUUAUAUUUUCAUUUUUAUUUUCAAAAUUAAUAUGUUUAAUUAUUUUUAUUUUUAUUUGGUGUUUAUUAUAUGUCAUCAUUGGUAAAAUACUAAAAUAUGUUCAAUGUAACGUACGGGAAACGGAGGAUAAUAUCGUCUUUUCAUAACAAACUGAUCUGGCCGCACAAUUUCGCUCCAACGCCGCUACUCCAGAUUUCAGUCGCCUGGUCAUGUUACCGUUGAUCUUUUGACGGUUAACGGCGCACUGUGUAAAAUCUCGGCACUAAAUAAACCCCACUCCGUCACAUGCUCCGGCACCUCCGCUCGCGGCGGCGCCCCCGCUACGGCGCUCACGUCUGCGCCCUAAUUGCGGCAGUGCUUCUCCUCCUCUCCGUGUCCCUCCUCCACAGCCGCCUCUCCUUCUUCAAUUCCCACUCCCAACAUCCCCACCCUCUCCCCCAUGAUUACUCCCUUAACCCCCUUCUCGACGAUCUCGACUCCGAAGGCAUCACCACCACCAAUUCCAACGACGAUCGCAUUGACGAGCUGGACGACGCCGUUUUAGACGACGGCAGUAGCAAUAAUAACGAGGAAAUCCUAGCUGAAGAAGAAGAUGAAGACGCCCUCCAGCAGAAUCAGAACACCGCCGUUUCGUCCAAUUACUUUUUUGACCCUGUUAAAGGCGUCAUUCGGAGAUCUUUUAAUCGACGCUCCAUUGAAGAAUGGGAGGACUAUGUUCCUUUCAGUUGGAAACUUACUUCUGAUUUAGGGUUUAAAAAUGAUGAUACUGAACCCGUGUUCGGAUCGGACGAUGUUUUAGUGGAUGAGAAAUUGCGGAAGAAGCUGAGUGAAGUGAAGAAAAUUGAGGAUGCGUUGUUGUUGAAAGGUUCUGUAUUGAGGGAAGGGUGGGGAGAAUGGUUCGAUAAGAAGGGCGAUUUUUUAAGGAGAGACCGUAUGUUCAAGUCUAAUAUUGAGAUUCUGAAUCCAUUGAAUAAUCCGAUUUUGCAGGAUCCGGAUGGAACAGGAGUAACCGGAUUGACAAGAGGCGAUAAGAUUUUCCAAAAGGGUCUUAUGGAUGAGUUUAAGCGAACACCAUUCCUAAUCAAGAAGCCAUUGGCUAUUUCUGAAUCAGAAACCGGGAUUGUUGGCGAAAAGGGAAACGAGAAGGAAGUGCGGAGGGUGGAGAGAAAGACUCUGGACAAUAACCAGAUCAACAAAGUGAGGGGUAGUAAGGCUUUAGCGAAAGAGUAUUAUGCAGAUGGUAAGAGGUGGGGUUAUUAUCCAGGUUUGAAUGGAAGGUUGUCAUUUGGUAAUUUUAUGGAUGCAUUUUUCAGAAGAGGGAUGUGUAAGAUGAGAGUCUUUAUGGUUUGGAAUUCACCAGUAUGGGCGUUUGGUGUUCGGCAGCAGAGAGGGCUAGAGAGCCUUUUAUAUCAUCACGCAGAUGCAUGCGUUGUGGUGUUCUCUGAAACGAUUGAGCUCAAUUUUUUCACCGGAUUUGUGAAAGAUGGAUAUAAAGUGGCUGCUGUGAUGCCAGAUCUUGACGAGCUGCUCAGAGAUACACCAACUCACAUAUUUGCUUCUGUCUGGCAUGAUUGGAAGAAGACAAGACAUUAUCCCAUUCAUUACAGUGAAUUGGUCAGGCUUGCCGCUCUCUACAAAUAUGGUGGAAUCUAUCUUGAUUCAGACAUUUUAGUGUUGAAGCCACUAUCUGAACUCAAUAAUACAGUUGGGUAUGAGGACGACUCUGCUGGAAAAACUUUAAAUGGCGCCCUGAUGGCAUUUAGAAAGCACAGUCCUUUUAUCAUGUCGUGCUUGGAGGAGUUUUAUGCAUCGUAUGAUGAUUCCAAGUUGAGGUGGAAUGGUGCCGAUCUUUUGACCAGAGUAGCCAACAAAGUUUUGAGUAAAGAAGAUAAUUCUAUUACAACAACUGAGCUCUCACUGCAACCAGCUUCUGUUUUCUUCCCCAUUGGUCAUAAUACUAUCUUAAGAUACUUGACUGCACCGGGAACAGAGAUUGAUAAAGCCGAACAAGAUGUUGUAUUUAACAAAAUAUCGAACGAGUCUGUCACCGUUCAUUUCUGGAACAGCUUAACCUCUGCUAUGAUUCCCGAGCCCGAGAGCCUCGUUUUUAGGUUUCUAAAUCGGUAUUGCAUUCGUUGCUCUGAUGUGUUGUGAUAUUUAUUGAAUUAGAUACAAUCCUCUCCUUUGGCCAUCUAAUGCUCUAUAUUAUAUUUGAACAGCCUAAA